UCUCCCAGUGUGCUCUGCUGCUCAUGGCCGGUUUGCUAAGAAGCUUUUUAAAGACUUGUUCUCCACUACACCAACGCUCUGCGGCCGGUGGAGGACACCGACCACAUCAUCAACGUCACCCUGCAGAUCAACCUGUCCCAGAUCAUCGACAUGGAUGAGCGGAACCAGAUCCUGACCACCUACCUGUGGAUCCGCCAGGUUUGGAUGGACGCCUACCUCACCUGGAAGAAGGAGGACUAUGACGGUCUAGACACCAUCCGAAUACCCAGCAGCUACGUAUGGAGACCGGACAUUGUUCUGUAUAACAGUGCAGACGACGAGUUCUCCAGCUCCAUGGAGACCAACGUGGUUCUUCGUAACGACGGCCAGGUCAUGUGGGACCAGCCAGCCAUCACCAAAAGCUCCUGCUCCGUGGACGUGGCCUUCUUCCCUUUUGACCUUCAGCAGUGUCACCUGACCUUCGGAUCCUGGACCCACAACGGCAACCAGAUGGACCUGUCCAACGCCCUGGACAGCGCCGACCUGGCCGACUUUGUCCCCAACGUGGAGUGGGAAGUUCUGGGCAUGCCGGCCAAGAAGAACGUCAUCCUGUAUGGUUGCUGCUCAGACCCGUACCCGGACAUCACCUUCAGCCUCCACCUGAAGAGACGCGCGUCCUUCUACAUCUUCAACCUCCUGAUCCCCUGCAUGCUGAUCUCCUUCCUGGCUCCGCUGGGCUUCUACCUGCCGGCUGACUCUGGAGAGAAGGUGUCUCUGGGGGUCACGGUGCUCCUGGCCCUCACCGUGUUCCAGCUGCUGGUGGCCGAGAGCAUGCCCCCCUCCGAGAGCGUCCCGCUGAUAGGAAAGUACUACAUCGCUACCAUGACGAUGGUCACUGCAUCAACAGCGCUCACCAUCUUUAUUAUGAACAUCCACCACUGCGGUUCUGAGGCUCGGCCCGUCCCCCAAUGGGCCGAGCGCUUCAUCCUGAACUACCUCGCCCGCAUCUGCUUCGUGUACGAGGUCGGGGAGAACUGCCUCGGCAGGACCGCGUCCAGGAAGCAGCCUCUGCCGCAGGAGGAGCCCGAAGCCCCGGCAGCCAAUGGGAGCAAAGGAGCCAACUGGGAUGUGAACGGGCAGUGUGGGGAGUCUCUGAAGCCGGAUCGGGACGGGACCACCCAGACCGAAUGGAGCGAGGAUCUGUUUGUGACCAUCAACCAUUCGGAGGAGGAAGGAGCCGCCGGAGGACACGAGGGGAAGUGGGAGGAGUCAAAAAGCUCCGGUCGAGGAGGAGGACGAGAGCAUGUUGAAGAGAAGAAAGGCGUAGGCGGGGAUGGGGGGGUCCGGAGGGAGAUCUUUGUGAGAACCCAGUGUGUGUGCCAGCACCAGGGACUGCGCAGCAACGUGGAGUACAUCGCCAACUCGUACCAGGACCAGCGAGCAGCGCAGCUCCGCAUCGGGGAGUGGAGGAAGGUCGCCAAAGUCAUGGAUCGCUUCUUCAUGUGGCUCUUCUUCAUCCUGGUCUUCUUCAUGAGCAUCCUCAUCCUGGGAAAGGCCAUAUGACGGAGAGGGUUCUCCAUCGGGGCGUCCCAUGAGAGGGCGGGGGUAUCGAGAAGCAACGACAUAGUUUGCUUAACGUUAAAAUCAGUCUAAAGUCUAAAAGCAGUCUUAAGUCUAAAGUCUAAAAUCAAUCUUAAGUCUAAAAGCAGUCUUAAGUCUAAAAUCAGUCUUAAGUCUAAAAGCAGUCUAAAGUCUAAAAUCUAAAAUUAGUCUAAAGUCUAAAAUCAGUCUUAAGUCUAAAAGCAGUCUAAAGUCUAAAAUCUAAAAUUAGUCUAAAGUCUAAAAUCAGUCUUAAGUUUAAAGUCUAAAAUCAGUCUUAAGUCUAAAAGCAGUCUAAAGUCUAAAAUCUAAAAUAGUCUAAAGUCUAAAAUCAGUCUUAAGUUAAAGUCUAAAAUCAGUCUUAAGUCUAAAGUCUAAAAUCAGUCUAAAGUCUAAAAUUAGUCUAAAGUUUAAAAUCAGGCUUAAGUUUAAAGUUUAAAAUCAGUCAUAAGUCUAAAAUCAGUCUUAAGUUUAAAGUUUAAAAUCAGUCAUAAGUCUAAAAUCAGUCGUAAGUUUAAAGUUUAAAAUCAGUCUAAAGUCUAAAAUCAGUCUUAAGUUUAAAGUUUAAAAUCAGUCUAAAGUCUAAAAUCAGUCUUAAGUUUAAAGUUUAAAAUCAGUCUAAAGUCUAAAAUCAGUCUUAAGUUUAAAGUUUAAAAUCAGUCUUGAUUUUCUGGAACCAGUUGGGUUUUCAGACGGGGUUUGAAGGUUAACCCUCAUGUUGUCCUCGGGUCAAAUUUGACCCGUUUUCAGUUUUUUCAUCACAAAACAUGGGCCUUUUGAAAUAAGCUGAAAAUUUCAACAUUAGAAAUAUUGGAAAAAAGCAACAACAAAAAAAGCACCCACAACAUUGAAAAAGUGACAAAAAUGUCAGAAAAAACAAUCAAUUUUGUUUCACGGUUGACGGGAAAACAACACAAGGGUUAAAUCUGCCUAAAUCAGUCUUAAAUCUGGUGUCUUCCCAAAUUAUGAUUUCCACCGUACUUUAAAAUGCAGACGUGUGGAUUUAAAGAGAUUUGGUAAAAGCAGCUUGCAGAGAUCGGUGGAUACCUCAGAUUUUGAGGUUUAAAAUCAUCCCCAAAAGGCCUUGAAAGCAUCUCAUCAAAUCUGGAGAGAUCUGAAUCCAAACGUACGAUCAUCAGCUCGUUAGAUCAAGAUAUUUUGUUGUGAGAUUCAGAAGAAAAGGAGCCGUUAGCCCGACGUCGCCACACCAAAUGUGACUUAGUCUGGAACAUCUUAGCUCACGUUCAAUUCCCAACGGCUGUAGACGAAACCACCUCUGGAUGUGAUUGGCUAGACCAGGGGUCCGGGGGUUGGGGACCCCUGGUCUAGACCAGGGGAUCAUUUUAUUAUUAUACCAGGGGUCCGGGGGUUGGGGACCACUGGUCUAGACCAGGGGAUCAUUUUAUUAUUAGACCAGGGGUCCGGGGGUUGGGGACCACUGGUCUAGACCAGGGGAUCAUUUUAUUAUUAGACCAGGGGUCCGGGGGUUGGGGACCCCUGGUCUAGACCAGGGGAUCAUUUUAUUAUUAGACCAGGGGUCCGGGGGUUGGGGACCACUGGUCUAGACCAGGGGAUCAUUUUAUUAUUAGACCAGGGGUCCGGGGGUUGGGGACCCCUGGUCUAGACCAGGGGAUCAUUUUAUUAUUAGACCAGGGGUCCGGGGGUUGGGGACCACUGGUCUAGACCAGGGGAUCAUUUUAUUAUUAGACCAGGGGUCCGGGGGUUGGGGACCACUGGUCUAGACCAGGGGAUCAUUUUAUUAUUAGACCAGGGGUUCGGGGGUUGGGGACCCCUGGUCUAGACCAGGGGACCGGGGGUUGGGGAACACUGGUCUAGACCAGGGGAUCAUUUUAUUAUUAGACCAGGGGUCCGGGGGUUGGGGACCACUGGUCUAGACCAGGGGAUCAUUUUAUUAUUAGACCAGGGGUCCGGGGGUUGGGGACCACUGGUCUAGACCAGGGGAUCAUUUUAUUAUUAGACCAGGGGUCCGGGGGUUGGGGAACACUGGUCUAGACCAGGGGAUCAUUUUAUUAUUAGA